CACUUGUUGAACAGCCACGGCCAGCCUUCCCAUGAACCACCCCAUCAGCAUCCGGGAUUCGAUCAGGAUACCCAAGACCCGCGGUAUUGCCAUCGAAUCCCGGUCAAUGGGACGAGACUGUCCAUAAGCUUGAACCGCAUGUUUCAGCCUUUCCAUUGUCAAAUCCAUUGCAACUGGACGUUAGGCGUCAAGUUGCGCACGCCGUCGAUUGAGUCAUCCAUGCGGAUACAAUCCUCGAGGACCUCCAACAUGCCUGUUCCAAUCCCUCACUUGCACCACAAACCUACUCUCCGACUCCAUCUGGACGAUAUCGGCCAUCCAGCCAGUCAAGUCGCGUCUUCUUCUCUGGACAGCGGGCUCUACCUUGCACGUGCUGUUGAGCAUGUUCUCGCCCACCUUUACGUGCCCUAUGGCUUGAGUAAUAUUCCCAAAGUCAGAUCUGUCACAGUGAUACUCCGAGCGAUGGGCGGAGUCGCGUACACCAGCGGUCUGCAGCUGGAUGACCUUCACAAAGAGAUCCACCUAUCCCUUGACUACGUGCAAGGUGUCCUAUCCAGGAACCCGACUGGAAUACGCCACGAGGUUUCCGGUGUCAUCACUCACGAAAUGGUCCAUUGCUUCCAGAACAAUGCUCAGGGUACUGCUCCAGGAGGCCUCAUCGAGGGCAUUGCCGAUUUCGUUCGCCUGAAAGCUGGACUUGCCCCACCGCAUUGGAGCCGAUCACCUGAAAACAGAGGGCAGAAAUGGGAUGAAGGCUACCAGAAGACUGCAUGGUUCUUGGAGUGGCUUGAGAGCGAACAAGGACCGGGUACUGUGAGCAGGAUGAACGAAACUCUGGGCCUGGAGAAGUACGACGAGAAGAGAUUUUGGCACAAUAUGUUUGGUGAAGCGGUCGAUCAUCUAUGGGCCAGAUACAGAGACACUUGGGGGUCGACCGAUCAGGAUACGACGUCUGAGAUAUCACGAGAGCAGAGCGUUGAGUCGCAGAUAGAAUUGAUCAAUUGGGACGAGAAGGGAAAGCAAGAGGCAGCCAAGGAGGACAGGAAGCCUCGAGAAUUCGUUGCCUAGAGAGUAUGCAUAAAUGCUCGAGCGACAGAGUUGUUCUGCAUCAUGGACCACGACAAUCGUACUAGAGAUGGACUUCUGUCUCCAACGUAUGUUUCAUGUGCCUCCAUACUCGCGUGCCCACUACGGGACUAUCUGCUAGAUCUGAUAGACCGAUAAUAUCGCCGUUACGAAUCCUAUUGAGAUAGAUCAGCCCUCCUCGACAAGGC